GGGGGUAGUGCAAAGCCUCUCGCAUCAUCCUCAUCAUCAUCAACAUCAUCACCACCAUCCAACACAGGGUUUCCCUAUCUGCUUCUUCCUCUGCCCAUGGCUGACUCCCUUCAGUCAAUAAUCUGAGCGCCGGAUGAAAAGGGCUCCUCCAUGCACUUCUAGCUUAAAACCUGGCACCCAUAUGCCCUAUAGACCAACCUAUGGGAGACUGUGGAACGUAUGGCGUGCUACUACCUUGUCAUCAGCUCCACGCAUCUCAGCAAUGGGCACUUUCGUAGUAUUAAAGGAGUUUUCAGGGGGCCUCUCCAUAAGACUGGGACCGCCUUACCGGGCUAUGCGGAGACGGGAAAAAGCAUAGCGAAUGCUCUGGAGGAUUUGAAGGCUAAUUUCUAUUGUGAAUUAUGUGACAAGCAAUACCACAAGCACCAGGAGUUUGACAACCAUAUUAAUUCUUAUGACCACGCUCACAAGCAGAGAUUAAAAGAACUUAAACAAAGAGAAUUUGCUCGGAAUGUGGCUUCAAAGUCCUGGAAAGAUGAAAAAAAGCAGGAGAAAGCGCUGAAGCGUCUCCACCAGCUGGCGGAGCUCCGCAAGCAACCCGACUGUGUUGCAGAAGAUGUCCCAUUAUUUAAAGCGCCCAGAUUGAAAGGGCCCACAGAGGAGCUUGUUACUGGAAAUGAAGAGAAAAUUGCAAAUUUAGGAUGCGUGGUCACGUGCGGCCCAGAGACCGUCACCAGUGGCAGCUCCGAAGAGAAGAAACCAGACAUUUUAUAUGAUGGAGAGGUUGUGAAAGACAGCAGCUGCUGCUUUGUGGGGAAUCAGAACCAGAUACAGGUCCCACUCUCCAACAGCGGCAGCGCCAACAAUAGGGCAGGCGUCUCCUUUUGCUUCUCUAAGAAGGCACUUCUAAAGCUGGAUUCUUCGGCGUCCGUUUUCAAUGAGAGCCUGGAUGAGGUAAAUGAAUACAACCAAUUCCUUCACCAUAAAGCAAAGCAAAUGUCUGUAAGCUUUCGACACUAUGCACACCUCAAUGAAAGCGCAGCAGAAAGCAGCAUGUUGUCUGAGGCGGAUGAAACAGACAUGCCCCUGUCAGACAACAUGCCUACAAAUGCAGAGAAGUUUAAAGAUGACAAAGGCAGUCUGGAAAACUCAAAGGAACACCGCGAAAUUGCCCAGUCAAACAUAACUGCGAAAAUGCAUUCUCCAGACGCUAGUCUCACAGAUCAACAGAGUCAAAAGGAAGUAAAUGUUCCUACAGAGACCGAGCCAACUUCUGAGACGACAACAGAAGCCCAUUGCCAAAUGCAGAGCAGCGUACAAGGGACUUGUUCCAGCAAGCACACAGUUGCAGAUGCAAUAUUAAUUGAGCAUUUUUCCAAUUUACUUUCGCAGAAACGUGCCGAGGCUGAGCCUAGCUUCGAAUCAAAAGACUUAAAUUCUGAGGCUUCUAAUGAUCUUCAUGAAAACCCAGGUGACUGCCCGGCCCCGGGGCACUCAUUAGGUGAAUCUGUAAAUACCAAUACUCCAGCCAAAGCACUAUCUUUUCUUAGUGUUUUGAGCAAAGAUGGCAAUACCAUUCUCCAGUGGCCCACAGAACUCGUCUUGUUUACAAAAACCCAGCCUUCGAUCUCUUAUGCCUGCAACCCCUUAUACUUUGAUUUUAAAUGUUCUCCGAAAAAUAAGAUAAAAAAGACAAACGAUAGAGAAAAUGGAAGAUACAAAGAUACCAAUCAGCCCACUAGAAGCUACGAGGGCAAAGCCUCAUGUAUAAAUGUAGAGAGAGUGGCGGACAAUGACAUAGACAGUCCAUCUAUAGAGCCAAAGAGUGGUGUGAACCUAGACGACUUGUCACACAAAGACACGGAAAGCUCUGAAAAUUACCAAACAACCGUGGGAUUCACAAACAGAGCCAAGAAUGUUCACUAUAAUGACAAUGAACCUCAACUACACAACUAUUUUAGUCACUCGCAGAAAUGUUUUCUUAGGGAAAGUUACCAUUCAAGAAAACGCAAGAGAUCUUCCCACGGACAAUCUGAUGAUUGCAUGGUAAAAGAAAAUAUACACUGUAAGGAAAAAUGCAAAAGGAGACCUUUAUACCAAGAUAGUCUUCGAAAGGACAAAUCAUACAGCUCUAGAAGGUCAUCAGAGAAUCGGCAGCAAGAUAGUUUUUCGUGGGAAAACAGUGACGGUUGGAAGGACUCUGACAGUGAUACCAAUUCAGAUAUAUCCCAUAAAACAUCCUCCUCACAGUUGUCCUAUUCUAGUUCUUCCAUGAGUAGUGGUUCAUCAUGCAGAUAUAAGGAUCUUCUCAGCCGGAUGUCAACUAAUGAAGCCUCCUCGAAUGGAGACAAUUGGAGAACAUCAAAGCACAAAAGUAAUAUGUCUUCUGAAAGUGGAUCCAUAACUAAUGAUAAAAAGUUGAACUGCAAAUGCAAACAUAAGCACAGAACAUUUAGGGAGAGUAAUGAAUAUUUAGAGCAAGGGCUUUGCGCCAAACAUGCCAGGAACAAGCAUCGAUCCUGGAAAAAAACAACUGACCGAGAAACAGAGAGUGUUGGAGAAAAAAUAAAUUUGGUGCAUGAGGGUAAUAUUGAGACUGUUGAGUCCACAAUUUAUAACUCACGUGCUUCCCCUGAAGAUAUAGUUGACCUUCCAAGUCCAUUCACAAGUCCAAUUGAUCUGGAACAGUCUGACGGUAGUCCCACAAAAGACUUCCUUCAGUGUCACCCCCAUGAUGUGACACCUAUUUUGGUGAACUGUCAAAAUAACACUUCCAAAAAUAUAGUAGAACCGAAAAAAGACAAUGAUCAAGAACAUUUAGUUUCGGAUUUGUAUUUAGAUGGUAAAUUGGUAUCAGUGCAAACCACUGGAGAGAGCAACAAAACAAAGGAAUACGAUAUGGACUUUAAUAAACCUUUGGAAAAUAUUUCCCCACAGUGUAACAUAGUAGGUCAUGACAUGUUAGAGGUGCCAUUGCAUGAUGAAGCAGAAUUUAGUAGCAACAAUGUACAUCUUUGUAGUAAGAACCACAUAAUAGAAAAUGUCAGCAGUAGUCUACACACUGGGUCAGAGGGCUGUGAAGUCACAGUUGUGACCCAUUGUGAUAACAAUAGUCUGGAUAAUGGGAUUCACAUAGACUCAGAAAACAGAACUGAAAUGGAGCAACAAAAGGGACAUUUAAUAAGGGAAGAAGAACAAUCUAUUAUGCAAAGUGCUGACCCAGUUCACCUUAACUUCUCAUACCCAUUGCCCUCUCUCAGACAUCCCGGUGGAAUUGAUUCACCAGAGACCAAAGAAGACCCAUUGAGAUUGGGACUGCCUGAUGUAAAUACAAGUCCGAGUCUUGUAGAUCUAAAAUGUUUUUAUGACAGUACUAUGCAGGAUUUUAGGAAAAUGGACAAUAGGUGGCAUCAUAAGCCGACUGGUCCUCCUUUAGCACAACAACCCGUCACGUUUUCGCCAGAUGAAGUCGAUAAGUAUAAAGUAUUGCAAAUGCAGGCACAACAGCAUAUGCAGAAACAGAUGUUGACAAAGCAUUUUAAAGCUUUACCAACAAAUAGCUCUGCUGUAUUCUCAGCUGCACAAACCAUCCAGCCUGUGUCCAUCCAACAUCAUCCCUCCAUCACCACCAUCCACCAUGCUCUGAUGCAACGAUAUGCCAUCACAGCUUCCAUGCAUUCCCAUGUCAAUCAUUUUCCAUUGCCACAUCUUAAUCAUUUCCCUCAAUCUCAGUUUCCCCCAAUUUCCCUUUCUUCGUCCUUAACACCAACCCUAUUUCCAACCCCACCACCCAUCAUAGGCCAUGCACUGACGCACCCACUACACUUAGUUUCGGCAGCAGCCAUUCACCCUCCACACUUGACCAUCCAGGCCAUUCCCCAUGCAACACUGAUACCAACCAUCUUUGCCCCACACCCCAACACAGGUAUGCACCCAACACUACAAUUACAUCCUCUCAUUCCAUUGUUCCAAGGACAGGAGUUCCACCACCAUUCUGGGUCUGGUCACCUUCAUUAAUAUUUGCUGGGAUGAGAAGAACUGAUGUUAUAGAGGACAUGAAGAUUAGAUUAUGUUUGUUUUUCUUUUCCUUUUAUGAUUAUUUUUUCUCAAUUUUUUUUCUAGCAUUGAUAAAUUUUAGUUGACUUCAUGAAAGAUUAGUUUCAUUAGUUUAAGAUUCUAUGUUUAUUGUAAUUCUUGAUUGUUAAUUUGAUACAGUAUGGUAUAUGAUGUGAAUUUAUUAUGCAGAAAAUGCUAUUAUUUUUAAUAAAAUAAAGAAUAAUCUGUUUACAGAGCCUACAAAAAUGGGUUGUUUUCUUUUUUUUUUACCCCAAACAUUAUUUAUUUAUUCUUUAACUUUCAUACAGAUGAAAUUGUUAAUAUAUUAGCCUGUCACUUAGGAUGUCAGCAUUGUAUGAUGGUAUACUAUAAAACUCACACAAUCAGAUUGCAGUGUGAUCCAUCUCACUCUUUUCCCAUGUCUACAAUUGUGUUGACAAGUAGGGAUAAAACUUCACUGGGAACAAGACAACUAUAUAUACUGCAGGGGCAACUCAAAGGUGUUGUAGACCGCAUAGGAAGGGUCAUUAAAUGAGCACUGUCGGAUUCAAAAUAUUUUUAUAUGUUGUGCAUCUUGAAAAACAUUAAACUAUCUAAUAUACUUCAUAAUAAAAGGUUAUCUCCUUUUUAUAGAUAAUGUAGCUUUUAAAAAAGACCACUAGGGGUCCCCAUACCAUCUAGAACAUAAUCCUGUCCAGGUGCAGCAUCAUAUUUGUCCCAGCUAAAACAUAGGCAGGGACAAAGUCUAAGUAGGGAGGGCUAACUAGCAUUCCUAUGUGCUCACUCCUGUCCCGUCCCCCAGAGAGAAGGGGGUUACAGAGCAGCCUGCAGUGAUUGGAUGAAAAGACCCAGCACAGCAGAUUCAGGGAGGAAGUGAAUGCAUGGUGAGUGGGGCAAGCUCAGUGGUUGCCUUGGACACGCCCCCUCCUGAGCAGUGGAUGUCAAAAUGAGUGAGCAGCAGAAUAGAGAGAUUUGUGAUCCAAAUAAAGAAGCUAGACACAUAAAACAACUUAGAAUCUGCAUAAUCUAGUAACAUAUAGAAGCAUUAUUGUUUUUUCUGUAAUAUAACAGGUGCGCUUUAAAUAAAAUUUGAAAAAGACACAUACUCUUAUUAAUCUAGGGUUCUAUUUAUGUAAUUCUUUAACAGCAACACCAGUUCAUGUGAACAUGUCUCUAAAGUGAUCCUCCAACCUUAAAUAUCUAUGGGUUAUCUUAGCGAGGUCGUCAACCUUAAUUAUCUCCUGAAUCUUGAAUGACAGCCUCUAAGCAAAAGCAAACAGUCAUAAUUUCACCCAACUUUAGUUAGAAUCUAAGGCUCUUCACCAGAGCCAUCCCCAAGAUCAGACUGAUCUGGCUGCCAGGGACCCAGGUUGCCUCUGCAGAGCACUGACAUAAAGCAUUAUGCUAGUUAGUAGGCUGGAAAACUAUCACAAGGGCACAGGGUUAGGCUAAUGUGGUUGACUAGCUGGUCACCAGGAGGACUCAUUGGGACAAAAACAACAGGCUAGGAGAAUAAACAGCAAACAAUCCAAGGGUUAAUUUUCCAGAAGGACACUUAAAUGCAGGAAUAGCAGGCAGAGGGUUAACAGGGAACCGUACAAGAGUCAAGCCAGGAGGUCAAACCAAUACAGAAUCAGCAGAUAUGAAGGGGUUACCGGAUCCACAGUCCAAACAGGUCAGGUAGGCAGAGUACACAGCCAGAGAAUAUAAAAAACACCAAUGACUGGUUGAGUAGACAUUUUCUACAGGAAUAACACAACAGAGGAAGCAAAAAGAAGAGGAAAGCCAUCUGAACAGCAGCUGCAUCAAAUUGGUUAAGGUGGGUAUGCUUUAUAUGUUUAGGGCAUGUUCACACUACAGUGUGUGAACAGAAUCUCCGCUCGCUGAAUUCAGCGAGCGGAGAUUCAGACUGGCAGCCGACGGCGGCGGUAGGACCGCACCGCACUGAGCCGUCAUCAUUGACGGCUAUGCAGUACUUGCGGACUUCCGCGCAAAGAAUGAACAUGUUCUUUCUUUGCGCAGAACAAUUUCAGCGGCGGAAUUGUCCGCAGCUGAAAUUCCGCAGUGUGAGACCCAUUCACACUAAUGUUAAGUUCACACCGCGGAAUUCCACUCGCGGAAUUCCACCUGCGGAAUUCCGCGGGAAUUCCGUAGUGUGAACAUACCCUUAAAGUACAAGGAAGCCCUGGAGGGGAUAGUAUAGGACCAGAGGGGUGCAUGACAGGGGGAUUAUGCAGGUAUGGCAGGGGUAAGGUGUGGACAAAGGCA